GGUUUCAAGAAACAUUCAGGAUUGUUGAUGUUAUGGCUCCAAUUCCAGGACUUGCAAAUUCAGCCCUGGGAAUUGGUCCCAUGACAGAGAAGGAUCUGAUUCUUGUGUGGAGAAUCAGGCUGGCUUAAAUAGGAAGAUUUGAGUCAGAUUUAGGUUAGACCAGACUAGGCAAGUUAGGUGAUUUGUCUAGGGUCUUUUAUAGAGUCUGUGGAUUAGGGAACAUUAAUCCCAGGGGAUCCAGGAGGAUUAGGGUUUAGUGUAAUCCAGAGAAAGAAGUAUUUCGAAAGUUUAACCACCUCAUAACCGUUUGUAACCAUUAAGCGAAGUGCCUUUACUAAGUUAUCUGAAACCAUCAAGCUCUGUACCUGCAAUAAACUUGUUUUGUUUUUAUUCUAAUUAAGCCUCUGUCAUACUCUUAAAUUAAGUUAAGUAACAUCAACACCUGAAGUGGAACAAAUAGAGAAAACUUAUAAGAACCAGUACCAUCUGCCUGACGUCUCCAUUGGUGGCAGCGAAGAAGAAGAUAAUCAAACAAAUCAUUAAUUAACAUCAUCUCUCAUAAAACAUCUUUAUUAAUUGGUGGUGGUGGUGGUGGUGUGUGUGUGUGUGUGUGUGUGUGUGUGGGAUCAGAAGGAUUCCACCUCUGUCACACAUUACCUGUCAGACACCUCACCUCUAUACAUAUUGGUGGCAAAGCUGAGGGAUUCUAAAAGGGACCCCAUUCCCUGUCACCUCGGUUCUCCACAUAAUUUGGUGGCAGUGGUGGGAUUCAAAGGGGGAUUCCAUCCUCUGCCACAUCACCUCUCUACAUAAAUUGGUGGCAGCGGUGGGAUACGUAUAACAUCCCUAAUUUGGUGCCUAAGAUUGCUCAAUAAAAUUUCUGAGGUAAAAGUUAUAAAGAAUGGCCACCAUUAAGCAGAAAAGAGGAGCAGGAGAGGUAGAAGUGUACCAAGGGGAAGAGAGUUCAGAUUCGGAACAACAGACCACCAUGUCAGAAGCAAUGAUGAAAUAUCAAUUAGAGAUGAGAAAAUUAGAAUUAGAAGCACAGGAGAAAGAAAGAGAGAGACAGGCACAGAUGGAGAAGAUAAAAUGGGAGAAAGAGGCGGAAGCACAGGAGAAACAGAGACAGGCAGAAGCACAGGAAAAAGAGCAAGAGAGACAGAGACAGGCACAGAUGGAGAAGAUGAAAUUGGAAAAAGAGAUAGAGCUGGAAAAGUUGGAGAUCGAAUGGGAAAAACAGAAGCUGACACUGUCUCAGCCUUCUGUGGAGGCACAACCAGGGACUCCCAUCAUUAAUCCUGUUGAUUCAGCCUUAAAUACAACAAGGAGGAUGAUGUGGAGCAGUUUUUAAUUUCAUUUGAAUGGUGUUGUAAAGAUCUGGAAAUAGCUGAGGAAAAUUGGAUGAUUUACCUCAGGCCACAGAUUUGUGGAAAGCUAUUAGAGAUCUAUAGCGAAAUGGUGGAAGAAGAAUGCAGAAAUUACCCUAUAUUUAAACAGCUGGUACAACAAAGGUUACAGCUGACUCCUGAAUUUUACAGAACAAAAUUCAGAAUGCUGAGGAGAGAGAAAAAUGAAAGUUUCUUACAAUUAGCUGCCAAACAGGCACAAUAUUUUGAGAGUUGGUUGAGGAAUUCUGAGGUAAAAGUCUUCCAGCAGUUGAAAGACUUAAUAAAGUUAGAGCAGCUAUACCAGCAAGUUCCAUCAGAUUAUCGAUCGCUGGUACAAGAUAGAAAGCCUCAGACUGCUAACCAAGCAGCUGGGAUGGUGGACCAACUAAUUACUUUAAAGGAAGGGUUUAAAAGGGAAGAAGGAGGAUUUAAGGAAAGACAGUUUAAACAGCCAUCUUUUUCCCUCACGCGCGCACAGCAAGGGAGAGGAGCUUCCAUAGAAAACACCACCUGGAGGAUGGCUAGUGUAAUGAACCCUGCCAAAACGGAGGGUAAUAUUCGAUGCUUUCACUGUGGUAAAACAGGGCAUUAUAAGUCACAAUGUGCUCUUUUAAAGAAAGAAAAACCCUCUUUCUAUGUUAAGAAAGUCCCAACCAAAGAGGCAACUAAAGAACCAGCUAAGGUUCAAAAAGAUUUACCUCAGGAAAUUCAAAAGGAGAGGCAAUGUCUGUUUGUUUUGUUGGAUCAAACAUCAGAUGAAUAUUUGGAAAACAUCAACAUUGAUGGAAACCAAAUACAAGGAUGGAGGGACACAGGUUCAGAAGUCUGUAUAAUCAGACCUGAAUUAGUACCAUCAAAAUGCCAACACCCUACUUAUCAAGUUAAUUUAAAAGGUUUGGGUCCCGUGAUCCCAAGCGAAGUAGUUUCUUUACCAGUUCAAUAUGGCAAGUGGGAAGGAGUAUGGGACUUUGCUAUUAGUUCUGAUAUUCCAUAUAAAUGCCUAAUUGGAAAUGACCUUGCCAGAGAAGUCAAAAAGAUACCAAAGACUCUUGAUGAGGAUGAAUGUAAAGAGGAAAAAUCUGAUAAAGAAGUUGUCUGUUUACCUAUACAACAGAACUUAGAGGAAAAUCCCGAGGCAAGUUCUGUAAUGGCUGAUUUGGUAAAUAAGACUGAAGGGGAAAGAGAAAUCCUGAGGGAACAAAAGUCUGAUGACACAUUGCAGCUUUUGUUUGAGCAAGCCCAAAACACUGAGGGAGAUUUAACUUUAGAGAAGCCCACCAGGUUCAUUAGUAAAAAUGGAGUUUUGUACAGGGAAGUUUUAAAUCAAAAAGCCCCAGAGAUGUCCGCUUCCUAUACGCAGAUUGUGGUACCUCAGAAGUAUAGAGAACAGUUGAUGGAGGUAGCCCAUGACAGCCCACAAGGGGGACAUUUAGGAAUUAGACGGACCACUCAAAGAAUCACUAAAAAUUUCUUUUGGCCUGGCAUGUACCAGCAAAUUAAAAGGUUUUGUCAAUCCUGUGACACAUGCCAGAGAAUCAGCUCAGGAAAAGAUAAACUUAAGGCUCCAUUAGUCCCAAUGCCACUAAUUGGGGAACCUUUUUCUAGAGUGGGCAUAGAUAUCAUCGGUCCUCUUCCCAAACCCAGUAGGAGAGGAUGCAGAUAUAUUUUGACAAUGAUUGACUACGCAACUCGUUAUCCUGAGGCAGUAGCCCUAACAAACAUCGAGACAACAACCAUAGCCAAUGCACUGCUAUCAAUAUGGGGAAGAACAGGUUACCCUAAAGAACUAGUAUCAGAUUUGGGAACCCAGUUCACUUCUAAGUUAAUGGAAAGAUUGCUAGAACUGUGUGGGAUAAGGCAUUUGACAUCAUCAGCCUAUCAUCCACAAACCAAUGGCCUUGUUGAAAACCUAAAUAAGACCUUGGUUCGCAUGAUUAAGUCUUACAGUCAGCAACACCCACAUGACUGGGACAUCAAGCUCCAGCAAUUGUUAUUUGCCUAUAGGGAAGUUCCCCAGGACAGCACUGGCUAUAGCCCCUUUGAGUUGUUGUACGGGAGGCGAGUGCGAGGACCGCUUGAUUUAAUUCGGGAAUUCUGGGAAGCAAGUCCAAGACCGGAACCUGUUUCAGUGACCAAAUACAUCAAAGAUCUACAGUCAACAAUGGAAAUGGCCAGGAACACCGCCCAAGAACAUCUAGCGACAGCCCAGCAGAGACAGAAAGCUCACUAUGAUACAACUGCCAGAUGCAAGAGCUUCGAGAUAGGGGAUGAGGUCCUGUAUCUCACACCAACCAAGACCAACAAGCUCCAAGUAGAUUGGACUGGACCAUGGAAAGUCAUCAAAAGACACAGUGGCGUGAACUAUUCUAUAUAUGAUGAACAGUCUAAUAUAGAAAAGCUGGUGCAUGUAAAUAUGUUAAAGCCAUAUGUAAAUAGAUCUGUAAAUGUAUGUAUGAUAAUUUCGGGGGAGGAAACAGGUACUUUUCCUUUUUGGGAAGGAAAUAGGAGAGCCUAUAGGAGCAGUGAGCAAGUAAAGGUUGACGAGGGUUUGUCCCAGAGUCAACAGAAACAAGUCAGGAAAUUAUUAAAUAAGUAUGACCAUUUAUACCCCUUUGAAAUAAAACAUGUAAAAGGUAAAAACAACAUUGUAGCGGAUUCACUUUCCAGGACAUAUUAGAGGUUGCAACAAUGAAGGUUUGUGUUUAUAUAUGUUGCAUGAUAAUGUGUUAAUAUUAUAUGUUAAGAGUGUAUUAAUAUGUAUUGUUGUAUAUUUUUAAUUACAAUCCACAUUAUUAUUUUUUACCAUUCUAGGAUGUAGAAAAGUCAAAAAUAAUCUUUAUGGGUUGGGAGGUGUGUGAAGAAGUGUAUAAUUAUAUUUUGUUUAUAGAUGAUAUGUGUAUUUGAUUUUGUUUAAACAGCCAGGUUUGGCUAAGUUAAAAUGGUGAGUAUUUGAAUUGACAUUAUGUAUGGGGGAAGGUAGCCAUCUUAGAAUACUAGAGCAGGUUACCAUAGCAACAGGGGCGGAGCCAACCGCCGCCUGGAAAGGAAAAGGGGGAAUAUUUUAAAACCCAACAGUUGGUGAUUCUCUAGUCACAGAGAAGGACCUGAUUCUUGUGUGGAGAAUCAGGCUGGCUUAAAUAGGAAGAUCUGAGUCAGAUUUAGGUUAGACCAGAAUAGGCAAGUUAGGUGAUUUGUCUAGGGUCUUUUAUAGAGUCUGUGGAUUAGGGAACAUUAAUCCCAGGGGAUCCAGGAGGAUCAGGGUUUAGUGUAAUCCAGAGAAAGAAGUAUUUCGAAAGUUUAACCACCUCAUAACCGUUUGUAACCAUUAAGCGAAGUGCCUUUACUAAGUUAUCUGAAACCAUCAAGCUCUGUACCUGCAAUAAACUUGUUUUGUUUUUAUUCUAAUUAAGCCUCUGUCAUACUCUUAAAUUAAGUUAAGUAACAUCAACACCUGAAGUGGAACAAAUAGAGAAAACUUAUAAGAACCAGUACCAUCUGCCUGACGUCUCCAUUGGUGGCAGCGAAGAAGAAGAUAAUCAAACAAAUCAUUAAUUAACAUCAAGGAAAUUGAAAAGGAAAUUGAAAGGGGUACACAAAAAGUUUUUUUGCGCCCCCCCCCUGCGCUGUGGGAGGCGUGACC